AGGCUGGAAUACCGUGGUGCGAUCUUGGCUCACCACAACCUCUGCCUUCCAGUUUCAAGCGAUUCUCCUGCCUCAGCCUUCCGAGUAGCUGGGAUUACCAGUGCCCACCACCAUGCUCGGAUUUGUAAGACUCCAGGGCCUUCCAGCCGUGAAUAAUCUGAUGGUUCCUGAAAUGACUGGGGAAACAGACGCUUCGUAUGGCAGUUGAAGAGUGUGUGUCUAUGUGCAUUUAAAACCUUCUUUCUGUACUUACACAUUCACACGGGAAGACAGGCUCAUUCUUGUGCACACUUGAGAGUUUUACAACUGAUGAAAAUUAAUUUAAGAAUCAGAUGGAGCAACUUGACACCACUGGGCUCAGGAGCCCGGGGAGAAAAAUACAUCACUAAUGGCCAAUUUUCCAUAUGGUCUGCACGGGUAAAGAAAGUCUGCAAAAAGAAGAAAAAAAAAUUUGCACAGAUUAAGCCACAAAAAUACCUUCCAGUUUAAAGAAGGAGCUAAGUGCGAAGGUGACUGAGAAAGAAGGGUGACUGAGAAAGAAGUGUGACUUCAAACAUUGCAGCGGCUCACACAGUGCUUGUUGCACUUUAUUUUUCAGUGGGUUUGGUGAUUUGGAUGGAUUAAAAUUCUGGACUGAAAAGUAACUCCUACUGUGGUUAUGGCUAGAGGAAAGCAAGUUCAAGUAUGAUGGGACAAGUUUGAAUAAUGAACUGAUUCCUUUGCCUAUUUUAAUUAACUGUAUUUGAGAAAUUUUAAUUUAUUAUUUCCCCCUUUCUUUUCCUGCAUCUAUAGGAUAAUAUUGUAAAAUAGCAGUUGAAACCAAUAUUUACAAAAUAAAUAUCAAGGAAAAUCCAAGCAAAGCUUUCUUUUUUUGGACAAGCGGUGUGGUGUUUGGAGACAGUCUCUGAAUGUGAACAGGAAAGCACCCAUCAGCAAAACACGAUCACUCUCUAGGGAGACAGUUGAGGGAAUCUGACUCUGGCUUCUGCUUUUGUUUUAAGGGAUUAUCUUCCCUGUCAAAUCCAAGAAUACUUGCGUAUGAGAAGAUUAUCUGAUAGACUUAAUUCUAAGAUUAGCUUUUUUCAUCAAGAUGGAAAAAGAUCUUUAGGAGCAGAAAAGGGGAGGAGCAGAAAAGGGGAGUGCUAACUGGGGGAGCGAGAAGGGAGACGAGCAAAAGAAACAAAAUAUUGUAGCGUGGCUCUGUUUUGUCAGCAAGAGGAUUUAAGACUCACCCAAGGCAAACACUGGGACCACUGUAAGAGCACUGGAACCUUCUGCCUCUUGAGUGAAGGGGCCGCCUUUCUAGCCUCUAUGGCACUGAGGGGUGUGCCGGCUGGUGGAGGAGUAGUCCGAUGGAGCCCUGCGUUCCCCAGGGACACAGGGCUAAGCUUUGAGGUGGAAAGUUUCUGGUUCUGAAACAACGGGGAGAGAGUCUGUUUUUCUUCCUAAAAUUUGGACUCUUGUCUGCACAAACUCUGGUCUGUUUUGCACGGUUUGUGUGCCUUUUUUUCCCUUUAUGCAAUCUUUUUCAGCUUUAGCAGCAGAAAUUUGUCUAGUUCAGAAAACAUGCUAGAGGGUGGCUUCAGAAGGAAGAUGAUCCUGUGUGUUCUGUCUCUGCAUCCGAACUUUUGAAGAGAAAAAUUCGAGCUAGAGGGAUUCUUAAAGCCUUAAGUUACUUGAAAUCUAUGUAUUUGCAACCCGUCGUCUCUGGAAUCAUUACACUAAACUGGAAUCUCAGUCUGAAUGAGAAUAACCAAGUGGAGUAAAAAGAAGAAAACCGUUUCUUGUUCACCACUUAAUUAAUGAUGCUCUUUCUCCAAAGGAUCAGCACGUUCUUCCUCUGAGAACUUGAAAAUAAAAAUGGACCCCAUGUUUUUUUAAGCAUUACCUUUUCUUAGAAGACUGCCAUCAUCUUUUAUAGAGGAAUUUUUUCACUAUGCAUUCGGUGGAUCUUUAUAAAAUACUGACCUUCUAAUUAGAUUCAGGUCAGUCUUAAUUAAAGGGGGAAAAACUCAACACAAACCAACCACAAAAAAACAAAUACACCAAUGAAAGAAAUUGGUUUAAAUUUCACAGCAUUAGCAUUACUUUUUAAGUAAAACAAUUCAUUGAAGAAAGUAUGUAUGCAGCGGUGGAACAUGGGCCUGUGCUUUGCAGUGACUCCAACAUCCUGUGCCUGUCCUGGAAGGGGCGUGUCCCCAAGAGUGAGAAGGAGAAGCCUGUGUGCAGGAGGCGCUACUACGAGGAGGGCUGGCUGGCCACGGGCAAUGGGCGAGGAGUGGUUGGGGUGACUUUCACCUCUAGCCACUGUCGCAGGGACAGGAGUACUCCACAGAGGAUAAAUUUCAACCUCCGGGGCCACAAUAGCGAGGUUGUGCUGGUGAGGUGGAAUGAGCCCUACCAGAAACUGGCCACGUGUGAUGCGGACGGAGGCAUAUUCGUGUGGAUUCAGUACGAGGGCAGGUGGUCUGUGGAGCUGGUCAACGACCGCGGGGCUCAGUCUCCAGAAACCCUGUUCUGAAAAUAUCGUUAUUCUCAGUUAAUAGAAGAGAAGAAUCCAGGUCGGGAGUUCAGUAACUUGUCCAAGGAAAUUCAUGGGUGGUAAGCCAGAAUUCAAACCCUAGUUUGUUUGAGUCUGUAAUGCCUCACCACAUUAUCAUGCUCCCAAACAAGAAAGGAUUUUUUCUUUUGUCAGAAAUGCGUGUAUUCGUAGCGUGGUUACAUGCUGCAUAAUGACGUUUCGGUUAACAUAGACUGCAUAUACAGUGGUGAUCUCAUAAGGUUAUAAUGGAGCUGAAAAAUUUCUGUCACCUAGUGACAUUACAGCACAACACAUUCCUCAUGUGUUUGUGGCAUUAGUGGUGUGAACAAACCUACUGUGAUGCCAGUUGUAUAAAAGUAUAGCACACGCCAUUAGUAUAGUCCAUAAUGCUUGAUACUAGCAAAUGACUAUGUUACUGGUAUUUACUGUACUUUUUAUUAUUUUAGA